AUGACGUUACCAAAGAGUCAAACUAAUCAAACAAAUAGCAACACCAUCCCUAGUAGAGAACUACAGCAAAAUAGUAACCAAGAGACAUCAACGUUGGAGACAAGUUCAAAUCGUUCAACAAGUUAUACCCCUAACCCAACAACUACAGCUCUAUCAUCGACGACUGAGGAUACCAGCAAUACAGUCGAUACUUUUCGAAACUUGAUUCUCGAAGAAUUGGGGAUUAAGGAUAUUUCAAAGUUUGGACAAAUUGAAUCCCAAGUGUUUGAUAAAUAUGUGGAAAUACGAUUGACAAGAGAACAAAAAAAAGUUGAAGAACUUCGAAAGGCGAACCUGGAUAAACUCGAGCAAAUAUUAGGCAAUUUCCAAGAGAACGCUAAUCUCACUGUUGAUACAAUCAAGACAAUCUUUCAUCCAGGUAGCGCAAAUACUUCUGAUCCAGUACUUACUAAAAAACGGAGAAUAGAAACCUCCCGGUCACCAAGCCCUAGAGGCCAUAGAAGGUAUAGAUCCGAGAUCACACCGAUAUCAGAAAAUCAGGAGAAUCUACAUAUAAUUAGUCAACAACAAGAUCCACACGCUCCUCAAGGGCGUUGUAUAGGCCAACAACCAGGUUAUUACCAACCAUAUUAUACAGCACCCAUGAUUCCUUUACUUCCGAAUGGCCAACCUUUAUCAAUACAGCCGCCUAAUCUACAGUAUCUACCAGGACAAUGGAGCAAACAACAAUAUCCUCCUGCACCAAACCUCUAUCAACAACCUAUGUCAAAUAAUCGUCAUAAUCCAUCUCCUUCAUCAGAUGCAAAUAAACUACGCACAAUAACUGAAACAUAUGCAAAUUCCUCAUUCACGGGGAAAUCAUCAGCAGUAUCGCAAUAUACUGAUAGUCGACCACACCACAUCGCCAUUCCUCCCCCUGGGACGGUUUUUAGAUCAGAUACACAUUUUAACCCGCCACAUUUGAUAGCUUUCGAAAAUCAAUUACCUCCACCGCAGCUACAGGUACUGUCCCAGAAUAAUAGCCCGGGACACAUUUAUGCUGAUAGACAGCAAAUAUAUCCGCAAGGAACGCAUCCACCUAAUCAUUUCAGUCACCGAAGAUCUCAUAGUGCUACAGUAUUGAUGCCAAACCCUGGAAAUAAAUCUCCACAGAAAGGUCCAGUAGCUUUACCUGGCAGGCCAGUUGAUUUUUUAAUACAUACACAAAAGCAUCCUCCACCAACAUAA